ACUGUAAUCGUUGAGUUAAAUUCUGACUUAUAUGUUUAAGGGUGUCCAGACACAGGUGGAAAAAACAAAGGGGCUUGAUAUAGAAAGAAAACUUGACGUGCUCGGAUGCAAAGAAGAGAUACAAAUAAGUUUAGAAGGACCAAAUAUGAAAGAUCAGUCUUCAGUGAAUGAUGACCAGACGCUGGCAAAAACAAAGGAAAUUAGUAUAGAAAGCAAUUCUGAUGUGCUCAAAGGUAAAGAAGAGAUAGAAACAAGUUUAGAAAAACUAAGCAUGAAAGAUCAGUCAUCUGGGAAUGUAAGUUUUAUUGAUUCUGACAAUUUUAAGUUUAAUCAUACCACCAUUCAAGCACACAAAAUUAGGCGAAGGCUCUUUACUCAAAUGUAUAUUGUAAAUUAG